CUCGAAAUCAGCCCCCAAUUUGGAGCUGAGCUGAUGCAGGCCCCUUUGCGCACCGAGGGAAGCAAAAUGAGGGGAAGCGAUCGAGCUGCGCAGCGGUUCCGCACGAGCAAAAGCCAAUCAUUCGAUGGUGCACUAAGUCAAGAACAACGAGUGGUGUGAGGAACAUGCGACCCAAUAGGUCCUGGUAAGCAGCAUAAAAUCCGAAUAACGAGACUUUCCUCUUCACCGAAGCCCAUAAUAUACGUGGCCAUCCCCCUCCCCUCAUCAGGUCCAGAGAUACAUAAAAGCCUUGUGCAGAUUGAGGAUGCUCGCCACCGUCGUGCGAAGAAGCGGCUUUGGAACAUUAAGAACACUCAAGACUGCCCCGAGGUUUCGAUAUAUGUCCACCAUGAUGAAAGCUCUUGUCUACAAAGGCCCCGGUCAGUGCGGUCUGGAAGAUCGUCCUGUUCCAAAGAUCCAGGAAGCAUCCGAUGCUAUAGUGAAAGUCGUCUAUACAACAAUCUGUGGAACAGACACACACAUUCUGAAGGGGGAUGUCCCCACAUGCACACCUGGUCGCGUCCUCGGACAUGAAGGUGGGCGCCUAGCACGAUUUGAGAGCUUCCCAAAAGCUAACAAAUGCAGGUGUUGGCGUCGUCGAGGAGCCAGGGCCAGGAGUCUCCCGGUUUAAGAAAGGAGACCGUGUCCUCAUCAACUGCAUCUCCAGCUGUGCGACCUGCAACUACUGUCGGAGAGGGAUGCCCAGCCACUGCGUAAGUGCAGGAUGGAUCCUCGGCAACACCAUCGACGGAACGCAGGCCGAAUACGUUCGCAUCCCGUACGCUGACAGCGGUCUACACCAUGUCCCCAAAGGCGUCGACGAAAAGGCGCUGGUCAUGUUGUCCGACAUCUUCCCCACGGGACUCGAAUGCGGGGUGCAGAAUGGCAAAGUGCAGCCCGGGUCGACGGUGGCCAUCGUGGGCGCGGGUCCCGUGGGCCUCGCCGCCUUGAUGACCUCCAGACUCUACUCUCCAAGUCUGAUCAUCAUGAUCGACCGGGACCCCAACCGCCUCAAGGUCGCCAAGUGGUUCGGGGCCCACCACACCGUGAACAGCGCCGAGGCGUCGCCGCUGGAGACCGUCAUGAAGCUCACGGACAACGUCGGCUGCGACACGGUGAUGGAGGCCGUCGGCAUCCCCGAGACGCUGGAGAUGGCCCAGGAUCUCGUGGCGCCCGGCGGCACGAUCGCGAACAUCGGCGUGCACGGCAAGAGCUGUGAGCUGAAGAUCGAGAAGUUGUGGGUGCACAACAUCUCGCUGACCACGCGGCUGGUCGACACCGUCACCACGCCCAUGUUGCUGAAGCUCUUCGCCGCGGGCAGCAUUAACCCGGGACAGUUGAUCACGCACGAGUUCCCAUUCACGGACAUGGACAAGGCGUACACCACUUUCAAGGCAGCUGCUGAGCACGACGCUUUGAAGAUGCUGAUUACGGUGUAGUUUAGGGGCGCGAGGAUGGCUGGGAUGUGAUUGCCAAACGCGCUCGAAAAGUGUAACGGUUGUGUUUGUUUUGCACAUAGGUUUAAUGGUACAUGACUAUUUAUCAUGUACAGACCAUGCCCACAGUUCAUGGACUGAAUAUCAAAGUAUUCAAAACCCCAGCCCCUUGACUUCGGGGUCGCCCAUCAAGGCGCUUUUGACUUCCUCCUCGCCUACUCGCAGCCUGACUUUUCCUGCCCGCUCACCUUUCCCCCUCAACUCCAUGGCGAUGACACCGGCCUCCACGAGCGCCAUGGCCGCCCCUCCCAACGCCAGGAUCCGGGGCAUGACGGACGUGGACGCGAUCUUUCGCGAUGCGUCUUCCGCAAGCAGGAAGUCGUGGAUUGCGCUGUUGUCCGCGACGUCCACGAUGCGCUUUGCUUCGACGGCAAUGUCUCCCAUCGUGGACUCGGCCACGCCUGUGCGACGACUGCGUGCAGAUAUCGCCGCGAGAACAAGUUUCGAGGCUAGUGGGAGAGAGCGGAGGUGCUGGGCGACCGGAGACGACGUGGCUUCGUUGAUCGCCUGUUUGAUCGUCGCGAUCGUCACCCGUGCCAAUCGCUUCGGAGGUCCUUCUUCCUGUCCCGGUCCACCGACCUUGUCCUUGGAGAUGUUCUUGCUUCUGCGACUCGGGGUGGUUGCUGUGAUGUCCUCGUCCUCGUCGUUGACGUCGGCAGACGCCGCACUCUGUUUUUCCUGAGAUUGCUCCGCAAUUUCCACCGCACGGCGGCAGAUAUCGAGCGCCCGCCUGGCAUCGCCGGAGACGGCUGCGACUUUCCGGCUGGCGAAUUGUACGGCAUCCUUGUCGACGAUGUUGCCCGGGACACCUUCCAACCUCGAGGAUAUGAUCUCCAUCAGUUGUGUGUGGGUGUAGCCUGGGAACGUGAUCCUGGUCAGUCCUAGUCUCGAGCUAAUCUUGUUUGACAACGUCCGCUCGGGCAGGUCCAUGGUGUUGGCGACCGCCAGAACGAUGAGUCGAGAAUGUCGCAUGGCCGGCCAGUUGAAGAAGUUGUACAUAACGCUUUGAUUCUUCGUCACCAGCUGAUCCAGCUCGUCCAUCAACACGACGCACGGUAUACGGCGCGGCGAGGGGUGCGAGAAUUCUUGCUCCAGAAGGCUCAACGCAUGAUGCGGACUCACUCGGUCGCCUUUAAGUGCCUCCCACAGGAGCGAGUAUGAUUGAUGUGGCUCUGUGACCUUCAUGCCGUUGAUUUCGACAAAGUUGAAGUCAUCGAGUUCUUCGUUUAGGACCGCCUCGUGGAGUGAUGCGACCACUUCCCGUACCGUGGCCGUCUUGCCCGUACCAGGUGUUCCCGAGAUGUAGAUGCAUGCCCCAGAGCCAUCCACAAUGGCUGAAUAGAGAUGAGAAUAGACGGUGUGAAAUUCGUUGGAGCGACAAGGGAGAGACGUUGGGACGGCCGAGACAUGAAGAGUUGCACGUGCAUGCGAAUAGGGUGUGGACAUAUACUGAGAAGGGGAGAGGACUCGAGUCCCCAGGGGUGUGAUCUCAAUGGGCUUCUUGAUCAUGAUGCGUUUGUGAGUCGGCGUGCUGUACUUGGAGGCCUUUGCCGAAGACUUGGGAGUGGAAAUUGUGGCGGUCGUCUUCCUCCUUUUGUGAGGCGUUCGGGGUUCAUCAUCGAUAUUCUCUUUCUGCUGGACAUAAUCCACAUCCUCGGUUUUCAGAGUCUGUUUCUUGCGACCCUUUGUCUGCUCU